GCGCCGCCGUAUAUAAGCGGCGCGGGGUCCUCGUGGCGCGGUCCUGUCACGCUCGCACGGGGUGGAGGCUGAGGUGGCGAUGGCGGAUUUCGAUCCUUACGACGAUCGGGCCUACAGCAGCUUCGGCGGCGGCCGGGGGUCUCGUGGUGGUGGCCUUGGUUCACGCAAACAGAAAGAGCUGCCAACAGAGCCCCCCUUCACAGCCUAUGUGGGAAACCUCCCCUUCAACACUGUCCAAGGAGACAUAGAUGCCAUCUUCAAGGAUCUCAGCGUAAGGAGUGUACGACUAGUCAGAGACAAGGAAACAGAUAAAUUUAAAGGAUUUUGUUACGUAGAGUUUGAUGAAGUGGAGUCACUCAAGGAAGCUCUUACAUAUGAUGGUGCACUUUUGGGUGACCGAUCACUGCGAGUGGACAUAGCGGAAGGCAGAAAACAGGAUAAAGGUGGCUUUGGUUUCAGAAAAGGCGGACCUGAUGACAGAGGAAUGGGAGGAGGUUCCCGAGAAUCCAGAGGAGGUGGAUGGGAUUCCAGAGAUGACUUCGGUUCUGGAUUCAAAGACGACGAUUUCCUGGGAGGCCGGGGUAGAGGAGCUCGCCCUGGAGACCGACGGCCACCAGGUGCCUUAAUGGGAACUGGUGGCACUGGUCGUUUCCGAGAUGGGCCUCCGCUUCGUGGAUCCUCCAUGGACUUCAGAGAGCCAACAGAAGAGGAAAGAGCGCAGCGGCCCCGGCUUCAGCUCAAACCUCGAACAGUUGGUACUCCCCUCAAUCAAGUAGCCAACCCAAAUUCUGCUAUCUUUGGUGGAGCCAAGCCCCGAGAGGAAGUAGUAAAGGAGCACGACUGAGCUUGGUGUUGAGAGGGAAUGGGGAGGCGGGAGAAAACGCAAGACAGUACAGAGUGACUAGCUCUGCUGGAAUGUCAACCCUGCAGUUUACCAUUCCUGCCAUCUGGCAUUUGUCCUCUUUGAAACCGAAAACACAGAGCUUGUGAAUGCAUGUCAGCUGUUAACAAGUGGUUUUUAGUAUGUUCUUGGCUUUGCUGUAUCUAGUGCCUGCUUUGUGCUGAGUUUCCUCUUCUGUUUCCUUCCGAGCAGCACAGUUGCCAGUAGAUAAGGCGGUGUGGCUGCUUCCACGAGUGUGGAGGUCUAUGGACAAAGGUGCUGCUUCACUUCCUCCUUUCUGGGUUUAUUUUACUUUAGAAGCACAGGUUAGACUUAGUUAUUGCCCUGUAUUGUUUCCUUUCACUUCCUCAGUGCUCCUCUUCUGACCCGCAUGUCUUGUUCUGUAUUGCUGUGGCUCUGAAGAGGAAAACUGGAGAGUCCAGAUGAGUUGAACUGAAUAAUUUACAGUUCUAACCAUGUGGUGAAAUACCAUUUAGGAUAAUUGAUGAGUAGUUGUAUAGAGCAGAGCCCCUUAUAAAGCUAAGGAGGUAGCUGCCCUUUCUCACAGGUUACCUGGAAGUAUCAAUAGCUGCAAAUAAAGUUGGCUGACAAGCCUGGCAAAUAGGUGGAAUCAGUAUGGAUAAAGCACCUGCCAGCAGAGUGCUGCUGAUUGCUUUUUGUAGACUUCAAAAUGGUAUGAUACUACACUCCUGAGCUUGAAGUUAGUGCUGCAAAACUGUGCCUGUUUGAGCACAGCUGCUCACUGGCUUUUUUUCUGCUUAGAUUUCUUUAGGUUUUACAUGUUUGGUAAGUUUUUAAAUGAAGUUUCUACAGGUAAAAUUGACUUUUUUAUUUUUCUUUAUGGAGUAUAUACUUUGCCAUGCAGUAUGUAAUUGCCAUUAUCCCCUGUAUUUCUUUGCCCAGUGGUGUACAGUUUUAAGACCUCUGCUUUCACAGUACCAUUAAAAUGGGCAGAUUAGAAAUAGUUAUGCUAUAGAUUCUCUUCAUGUAGAAGUUUGGGUGAAAAGCAUUUCUAAUUGCUGCAUCUCUCUGAACUCCAAGUGUUUCUUGCAGUUGUUGGGUGUUCUGUGUGGGAGGAGGGAGGGGAAACUGGCGCUAAGGGGGAGAGAGCACAUGAUGUUUGACAACAGGAUCUGGAUCUUUAACACUGAAGGAUGGAUACAUCCAAUGCAUGAGAAAUGUGGGCCCCUACUACCAGUGCUGACAGCUUUCAGAUACAACCAGCACACCAAAGUUCUUGGAAGCAUGGCUGCUUCACUGCCAGCAUCGCUGCUAGUGGUGAAUUUCUUCUUAAAGUUACUUCUGUCAUGUCAGAGUCCCAGCAACUCACAGAACUACUCUUUCCUUCCUUCUGCCUGUCACUUAAUCUGCUUCUGAGAUAAGAACCAUUUGUCUAACACUAAUAAUUAAUUUAAGACAGACAUGCAUUUGUGUGGUUGUAUUCCAAACCAAUUAGUGACCUAUUUACAUCUUCAAUGUGGAAAAGAUUUUAAGAACAAACUCCCAUAUAAAAUUCACCUCUAGUCAAGACAGUUGACUUUUAAAUGUUUAAAAAAAAAAAAAAAAAGAACAAAAAAAAAAAAGAAAAAAGAAUUCCAAACACUUAACACAUUCUGCUUCAUAACAAAAUAAAUUUAUGGAUAUGGUAUUUUGUGAAUGAUCUUUUAAAUAAAAGAAAACAUUAAGUAAUAUUUAACACUGGUCUUUAUUUGAGUCUGCCGUAGCUUGUGUCCAUCUCCCCCCCCAAAGUUCUUUAAUGCUGUAUUAAUUUGGAAGUAAGAGACACUUAAAUAAGGGGGGUUGGAAAGAUGAAGGGAAGAAAUAUAAGACUGUAGUGCUGGACAAAUCCAGGCUGUAGGAGGCAGUGAAGUAAAAUCACGUAGAAGAGGAAGCAAGCUCAAGUUUAGUCCUGUGGCUUCAAGCUCUACUGCAAAGGCUGCAGGGCAGAAUUUGGAAGUAGUUCAGCUUGUGUUUCCUAAAGCUCUUGGUAAACAUUUUCCAGCAGCUGAGUUCUGCUGCCCUCUGAAAGCAGUGCCCUGUGUGAUGAAGGGCAGAACGUGUGCUUUCAGUUGGAGUGGUGGGUUUUAGUGUGGUGUGUUUGGUAAGGCAGCAUGAACAGAUCAGCUGGCUGUUUUUCUGCCUGGUUUCUCCCAACCUUACUUGAUUUGUUUCCUGCUGGAUGUAACUGUUAAUGAUGUUGCUGCCCUAUGUCUUUCAAGUACAUGCAUACUGCAGGGUGAGUUAAAAGCCAUGUGUUUAGUUUUGUAAUAGAAGAAAUGAGCUUUGGCCUUCCUACUGGUUUUACUGCUUUCCAUAGUAUGAAAUGAUGGGAAGUGUUAGUCUUCCAGCUGUUCAGUCUGCUGUGUAUCCUCAAACUUGCUAUCCUGACAGCUUGAGCAGAGGAUCCAAAUCCCUCUCAGGAGUGACUUGCUGAGGCAGGCUGUACAAGCACUGACUGUCCAACAUGGCUGAUCUCAGAUGCAGAAGGGCUAAUUGGCUGGAGAUGGCAUCCUUCAGCUGCUUCCACAAGGCUUGCUCAUAGUUGGUCUUGCAAACAUAACUGUGGUGGCAAUAAUUUCAUUACUCUGCAUGGUUGUUUUGUUUUUUUUUAGUUGAAGUGACACUGAUUUGUGAGGGGAGGAAAAAAAGCUCAUCUCCUUCAAGUUUCUCUACCCGCUGACCUUUCACUCAGUAGUUUUCUACUAGUGAAAGCAGCUCAAUCCCAAAAUAGUCUGUUUUUAGUAGUUCAGACACAAAUUUGCAUUGCCUGGUUUCCUUUGGGUUCCACCUUAUGUGGACAGUUGAAAAGGCUUUUAUUUCCAUAGGGUUGGUUGUUUUGUAGGAGGAAAGGAGGUGACUCCCAGCAGCAAAAGGCAGCUCCAGCCUUGUGCUUCAGGGCUGACUGGUGUGUGUGAAGUGCUGCCGAUCUGCUGGUGUGACUGAGGAGCCUGCUGUGCUGACACUGAAGUUCUGUUAGGUGCACUGCAGCUGUGGUUGAGAGUUACAGCCAAGACUUGCAGUCCUGGGGCCAUUUUGAGUAGUGCUGGUGUUUUUACAACCUGUCCUGUGAGUUCUGUUGUAGUUUCAAUACCAGCUGCAGCACAUAGCCUGCUGGGAGCAUCGCUGCCUGUAGUGAGAGCUGCUGAUUUUGUCUUAAGAGAAAUAAGAUCUGGAAAAUCUUAGAGCAAAUCCUAUUACAUCUUUCUGUUUAAAAAAAUAAAAUAGUAAUCGAGCUGGUAAAUCUUGAAAUACAACCAUCAGAGCACAGCACAUUUCACAGCUUCUCUUGUCCCACUGUCUGCUUUCAACAGGAGCUCUUUGCAGCGAUUCCUCCAGGCCUGUCCCCAUUCACCUGGGGUGUCUGCCUGCUGCAAGCAGUGCACUUUGAAGCCAGGUGUAGGUGGCUGAUCUUCUAACCUUGCAGCACUCCUUUGUGUGGAAGUGCAUCUCAUGGUUGCUCGGAUGCUUUCAGCAGGAGCAGGUCGGUAAGCCUUCAUCCCAGGGCUCUGGAGGACAGGAUGUUAGUUGACAUCCUGACGUGUUGUGGCGCAGGUCAGUCAGCACUGCAGUGCUCAGGAGUCCCUUGGAUUGGAUUUGUGGGAUUUUGCAGUUUUGUAGGUGAUGGUUGUCUCAUAUUUUUACACAAAGGAAUUUCUGGGGCUGGAGAGGAGUUUGAUUUCCAGCUGAGACUGGAGCGUUCUAACCUGGUAGAAUCCCUCCUUGUGUCUGCCACUUAUCCCACUACACGAUUGCUAGGAACCAAGUGUAUUUGAAGUAGCAGAGGGCCAUCUUUUAGUGGGUACAUGCAUUUUAUGUUUAUAUAUUCUGCAGUUUUUUCUGUUUGUUUUGUGAUACUGUUUGCUCUAGUGAUAUUAAAGCAAGCUAAACACAGCCAUUUAAAGCAGUGUAACCAUAUUCAUUGCCUUUGCUUUCUGAAAUGGUUUAAUCCUGUAGUGACUCUCAAGCCUGGUGCACAUUAGUAAUAGCAAUAUCCUGAUGAUGUUCUGGGCCAGCUGGAGAAAUGUCCUUCCAAAGCUCCACGUGUGCAGCUUGCAGCUUUUCUGCUCUUCAGGGGCUGUGCAGGAGCCCUGCUGCCGUCUGCUCUCUUCUGUGCAAAACUCAGAUGGACCCAAGGAAUGGAGAUCAGGCUGUGGCUGCGCACAGUGUCACAGUGGCACUGUUAUUAGGUCGUACAUCACAGUCCUCAUGUUACUGUAGCUGUUCAGGUUACUCAGUCAAAAGCAUUUUAGGGUUUCCUGUUCCAUAGCUUUUCCCAUAGCUGAGUGACUCUGUGGCUUUGCCUGCUCCUUGCAGACUGGUUUUAACUUCCUUCAGCUUCCCUUGUUUCUGUCCCUUUUGCAGCAAAGUGUGCCCAAGGGCUUUAAGGACCUCCAGCACCCUUACAGAAAUGCUGCUUACCUGUGAGUUCCUGCACUCCCCAAGGUUGGUGUCAUUGCUGGGAACAUUGCUGGUUGCCACCUUGCUGCCCAGUAGGUUUCAACCAGGUCAGUGUUCAUCGUGGCAGGGAUUUCCUUCCCACUAUGAGAUGUUUUGUUUUGUCACCGUGCUCCCAAAAUUUGCCUCUUCCUUUUAAAAGAACCAAAAUAAUAAAAAAAAAUCACUGAGUACCUCUAUGAACCCCUGCAAAACCUGUACUGUAACGAAUCUGUACAAUUUGUAUUGCUGUACAAAACUCCAAUAAAAGCAUUCAAACCUUC